AUGAUUUGUUUUGUAGAUCUUCCAAAUCUAACAUCAAUAACUUCUGUAGAUUGUAGUUUCUGUGAACCUCGUGUAGUGACAUUGGCAAGUAUUUCUGAAUAUUGA